UCAGCGGUUUAUAGAGAUGAUUCGACAAUGUUUGCGGCUUAUCAACAGAUUCUCUGCGUCACAUAUAUAUUUUUUGUAUGUGUAUACUAUAUAUUUUUGAGCAGCUAACUGUUGUGAAGCCAAAGUCUAGUGUUUAGUCUCAGUUUAUUAACGCAAAGUAAAAGUUCAAAUUUGGAACUGAAAAAAUGAUACAAAUUAAACACAGUCGCAGUGGCAAAACGCUGAAAAUCAAUACAUUUUGGCUACGUGAUCACUGUCGCUGCAGCGAUUGCUACAACACGGAGACCAAGCAACGCAAAUACAAUCUGCUGGACAUACCGAAAACCGUGAAACCGACAAGGACUGAAUACAUCAAGGAUGGACUGCAAUAUGAAGUGCACUGGAGUGAUGGCCAUACAUCCGUUUAUGAUAUCGAUUUCCUGCACGACGCGCAAGUUGAACAUAUCGUGGCGCACGCCGAGGACUCUACUGUGCGCGUACCCUGGAAUCAGCCGUUUAUUGUCGCGCACGAAGCGCACUUGCGCACCACACUCGCCGAGCUGGUGAGCUCCGAAGUGGCAGUGCGUAAAAUUGUGCAAAGUCUGAUACGUUACGGCAUCGCUUUCAUUGAUGGCGUACCGCCGAACACCACAAUGACCGAAAUGGCGGUGCGUCGCAUCUUUCCGCCGAUGAAAACAUUUUUCGGCGAAAUGUACACCUUCUCCGAUGUACAGGAUCACGCUGAUACCGCCUACACCAAACAAUACCUCGGUCUACAUACGGACAACACGUAUUUCUGCGAUGCUGCGGGCCUGCAAUCGUUGCAUUGCAUCCAACAUGUUAACGGCACGGGAGGUGAGAAUUUCUUCGCGGACGGUUUGCAUGCAGCGCGCGAAUUGAGGCAUCAAAAUCCGCGCGCUUUUGAGAUACUAACGCGUGUCGCCGUGCCGGCGGAGUAUAUUGAGGAUGGACAAUAUCAUAAGCAUUCUGCACCGAUUAUACGCGUGGAUCCGGUGAGUGGUGAAAUAGUGCAGCUCCGCUUGAAUGUAUACGAUCGCGCACAAUUCGAUAGCAUACCACAAGCGGAAAUGCAAGAUUUCUACGAAAGUUUCCGUGAAUAUUUGGAGAUCGUGCAACGCAUCGAGAAUCAAUGGACUUUCAAAUUACAUCCUGGCACUGUGUUGAUUUUCGAUAACUGGCGUGUGUUUCACGGCCGACAUGCGUACACGGGUCAACGCACCAUGACUGGUUGUUAUGUACAGCGGACGGACUUUUUGAGCAAGGCGCGCGUACUGGGCAUCAUCGAUUGAGUGGAAAAUAUGUAAUAAUGCUACAUAUAUUUAUAUACAUACAUAUGCCUUGUGAAAG